AUGCUCUUCUCCCUACCCGCCGUUGUGCUCGCGCUCGGCACAGCUGCUGGCCUGGUCGACGCUGCUCCCAGCCCGCCACGACCUCUGACCAUCGAGUUGACCAAGCGCGACCUGCGCUUGAAGAACGACGACGGCAGUGUCAACAUCGCGGGCUUGCAGGCGCAGACGGUCGCCCUCACACACAAGUACAACAGGAACCGCAACAACUACCGAUACCAUGCGUUGGGCGAGGGCAAGAACCCCGAGUCGCGGAUGGCGCGCGAGAAGCGUGCGAGUGCUGGGACGAUCCAGCUGACGGAGCAGAGCAUGUCGGUCUGGACUGGCAAGGUCUACGUUGGCACUCCCGCUGUUCCCUUCAACAUCUACUUUGACACCGGCUCGAGCGACUUUACCAUUGCCUCGAUCGCAUGCGGCACGUCUUGCGGCACGAAGCAGCGGUACAACUAUACCGCCAGCUCGACCGCCGUCAAGACGACCCGCACAGUCACGACCAACUUUGUCGACGGCACAUCGUCGAGCGGCACCCUCUACACCGACACGGUCACGAUUGCCGGCGUCACCGCGAACCAGCAGGCUCUGGUCGCCGCUUCGUCGCUCUCGUCUACCGUCGCCGACAUUGCCUCGGACGGCCUGAUGGGUCUCGCCUUCUCCUCCCUCUCCGGCGCCUACACCUCCUCUUUCAUGUUCACCGUCAACUCGCAAGGGACCGCCGCAUACCCCUACUUCUCCAUGCGCCUCAACAACAACGGACCGUCCGAGAUGACGUUUGGCGCGUUCAACCGCCUCAGGUCAGCGAGCGGGAACCCCCGUUGGUACCAGCUUGCGACCGACUCGGGCACGUAUACCUACUGGCAGUUCGGCAUGGCGGCGCCUUGGGUCAACAACAAGACAGCACUGUCGACGCCGACGAACCACAUUAUCGACUCGGGCACGACCCUCAUCGUCGCGCCGCCCUCGUCCGCCGCCGAGUUCUGGUCGCACGUCCCCGGCUCGGCUGUCUACAACAGCAACUUCUGGACUUUCCCCUGCGCUUCGCCUCCUCAAGUCGACUUUGCCUUCUCUCGCAUCACCCUUCAGCGCUGGGGUGUCUCGCAGGACUCCUUCAACCUUGGCUACCUCGCCGAGGACCCGACUCGCUGCGUCGGCGCCGUCAUCGGCCAGAACCUCGGCCUCGGCUCGUCGUGGAUCCUUGGAGAUGCUUUCCUCACUAACGUCUACGUCGUCCACGACGUCGCCAAUAAGCGCAUCGGACUCGCCAUCCCUCGCUAG